CCUGGCGACAAACGUCACGCUAUAUCUCCCCUUUCCUUAAUCCAGAUAGGCACUUGACGAGUUGACGGUAACAAUCAAGGGGAGAAAGUAUAAAUAACAUCGAGCAAGGAGUACGCCCUUUAGUCUAACACAGAGUCGGCACCAUGCGUUACCUGCGACAGAUCCUGUUAUGCUGCACGGUAUGGACGAACGUGCUCCCACCGUCCACGGCACAAGAAUCUCCCGGCGCAAACCCGGAGCUUUUGAAGACGAUUACUCGAAACGUCGAGUCCGUUUUGUCGCCGACCCUUGUCGGGGAACUCACGGGCGUCCAAUCGAACCGCACGGCCGUAAACUUGGAGAAAACCGCGCCGAGGAAUCCCCCGGAACAAACUGGCAGCAUAAACGACAAGAAACCGGAAAUACAAUUCGACAAUCAAGUGUAUCCUUACCACUACGAAAGAUCCUACCACUACCAAUACCCGCCGGACCCUUCCAGGCCCGAGGGUUACUCCGAAAAUUUUUACAGACCGAAAAAUCACGUCCCGAACAACUAUGACCCAACGUACUACAGAUCGGAACUUUACAAUCCGUUCGAUAGAAAUUCACAAGCCAAUUCCAACGCGCAUACGAUCUCGAAUACCGAUGCCAACGUCGCUCCUGGCGACGGCGACGCCAAGCCUACCGAAGCCUCCCAGAAUGGAAGUCAGGGUGAUCAUAUUGCAGCCGGAGGUUACAGCGGACCGAAUCCCGUCCCGUCGAACUCCUUUGCGUAUCCCGACGUACUGCCGCGAUCCGAUCCAUUCCCGAGCGUCGAUUUCGACGGGUACAGGCACGGAGGUUUUGGGAGACCGUUGGUGCACAACGAAAACUAUUUCAGACCGAGUGGCGAGAAGCCGAUCGGACAUUAUUUGCCGCAGGGAGAAGCGAGGUUUCCGGAAUCGCACUAUCACCGACCCGUAGAAUCUUACCAAUAUUUACCCCCCCUGCAUGACUCCUUCCACAGUUAUCCUACCAAAGAUUUUCCUCACAGGUCUCAGCAUCUUCCCUCACCUUAUCUAGGCUCUUUUUUCCCUGGCGUGUAUCCAGGUCAUUUCAACGGUAACCACCGUCCCUCCGAUCACUUCAAUAAUCUCUUCAGCGACAACUUCACCAGAAACUUUCCACCGAGGCCACCGUUCGGUGGAUUUUAUCCCAAUUAUCAUUACCUUCCUCCUACACCCCCCGGACCAACUCCUGAUCCUGGUUCUCCAGCACCCGCUGAACAGAAUUCGGAAAACCCCGUCGAUCCUCCCAAAGAAUCUUCGAGUCAGUCGAUUCCUACGACGAAACCGGAUGACUCGGCCCCCGUACCUGCCGCUUCUAAUUCCAAUUACGAGGUAAAGGUACUUUUCCCUAUAAAAGGAAACAACAAUUAUGCAUACCGACCAAGAAACUCCCAAGACUUUUUAGAAAUCGAGAAAAACUUUAGAUUCUAAGUGAAACAUGUUUGUAAACCGUUCGAGUAUCCGAACAUACCGAUGAGAGGAAACGAUGCUGGAAGACGUUACGUGUCUGAUUAUAUAAAUUUUCGACGGAUGUUAUUAUAAUAAAGUAUUUAUUCACCCUCGAAUGAUCGCUACGAUUUUUUCACUCCUUUUACCGCCGCUGAUUUCAACGUUGAAUAAAUAUUUAGAUCGCUUGUAAUUAGCGCAGCUUCUUACGUCACCGAAAAAAGUCUUUCUACGUCAAGUCGCCACGGCAGGGCCGGAAACGAAUGGAGGGCAAUUGAAAAGCUGGUAGGUACGAUAUUACCGAGCCAAGGCUUUCUGAAUAUCGCCGAUGACGGGGUACGGUGUAAAAUUGCAGAGUAAGUGCGCGCGACGCUGAAAUACUGCCUAUCGAUGAUUGAUGACGGUGAUUUCAGAAGUAUCCUAAAAUUGUUUCGCAAUCUUCGCACAGCGACUAUGUGCAAUUACAAGCGAUUUACGUUACGCACAGGAUGAUCGUUUUCAUUAUGUAAAGGAAACUGUCGGAUGCGUGAUCGUAACUCAACAAGCUAUUUCUCGUUAAUAGCUAUGGGAAGAUAUUUGGAUGUCAAGGUAUAGGGCGGGGCACCCGGUGGCCCCGACCAACUCCUUGUGCCGCUGUUUUACUCUUUCAUAACGCGCGUAUUCACGUGACUUUUGCAACUACUAACAACAAGUUUUAACAAUGCACUCCGCUAUUAUCGAGAACAUGCGUGAAUACAAAGCGAGGAAAAAUGAUUUUUUUUUCUCCCCCUCAUGUGAUGACACGAGGAGGGGUCCCAAGGAUCAGAUUCACCGUAUAAAAGAACAUCGCUUUGUUCUCGUUGACAUUACCGGACAUCCGAACCACCGCUGCUGGUCUGAAGUCAAAAAAAAAAAAAAGAAAAAUAUAUACCGCUUACCACCGAAUCAUCUGGAGUUCGACGCGUCAUCGGCUAUGGCUUCCGAAAAAAUUUUUGCGCUUCUUCUACUCGCCACUGUCCUCAGCGUGGCCUUCGCUCGACCCGGACACGGCGGAUACUACGGAUAUUCAUCCCCUAUUUCGUACUCCAGUUAUCACUUCCCGAGCUACAGUCACUACCCAAGUUACAAGUAUGGACACGGCCUGUAUUCGAGUUACAGCUAUCCGUUCUAUGGAUACGGCCAUGAUUAUGGUUACGGAGGAUGGCUGGGAAGCUACUGGUAGAACCAGAUGUGAUCGGAUGAAAUGAACACGUUUUUGGACAUCGACGACCUGCAGCUCAUCCAAGGAAUCGAAAAUUAAGCUAAGGAUACUAAGGACGCUUCUUUUUUAUACAGUUAAUUAUCUUCACCGUGUACACUUCAAUAAAUACAAUUCAUUACUAUA